AUGCCGCUCACCGUGGAGCUCCUUAAGGCGAUGGAUGACAAGACGUCUGGCGGUGUGAUCGAGCUCCUGAAGGGCGACCCGGUCUUCACUGAACUUGCCAAGAAGGAGCUCGACGACAUCAUAGCCCGCGACGACGAGGACGCCGCGAAGCUGGCGGCGGGCGUGCAGCAGGCAAUAGAGAAGGGCGUGCUGCCCAAAGACAAGGAGCCCCCCACGUACGUGAACGUGGACGUGCUCGGCAAGACCGCAGACCAGGUGGCCGACGAGAUCUUGGCGAAGCUCCCCAAGGAGGGUGGCUGCGUCAUGAUUCUAGUCGGCCUGAGCGGCACCGGAAAGGGCACUACGGUGGACAAGAUCAAAGCGAAAGUUUCGAACGCGUCCACGUGGUCCAAUGGAAAUUGUUUCCGCGCGCUCACGCUUCUUGCGGCGACGUACUGCGAACAGCAGGGCAAGGAGUUUGAUCCAGCCGUCCUCACGCCAGAGAACCUGGCCUCUUGGUCCGCCAUGCUCGAAUUCGACAAGUUUGAUGGCAAGUUCGACAUCCGCAUCAAUGGCCUCGGCAUAGACCAGAAGGUCUCGGACAUAGCGAACACCCUGCUGAAGGAGCCCAAGGUUGGCAAGAACAUACCAACCGUGGCGAAGGAGACGCAGGGCGAGGUGGUGAAGUUCGCCGGCGACGCCUGCAAGAAGAUGGGUGACGACGGCACAGUCGUGCUGGUGGAGGGCCGGGAGCAGACGUUGAACUUCAUCGAGUCCCCCUACCGGUUCUGCCUCACGAUGUCCGACACCUCAGUGAUCGGCGAGCGCCGGGCCGCCCAACGCAUCGCCGCGCUCGCGGCGAAGACCGUGGCGGAGGGCGACGACGUGACCGCUGCGGUCCGGAAGGCCCUCGCGGAGAUCGCGGCGUAA